AUUUCUGAAGCGAAGAUGUCAGGAAGAGGUAAAACUGGAGGGAAAUGGCGCGCCAAAACCAAGACCCGUUCUUCGCGAUCUGGUUUGCAAUUCCCGGUUGGUCGAAUCCAUCGACUGUUGCGGAAGGGCCACUAUGCUGAGCGCAUUGGUGCUGGCGCUCCGGUUUAUUUAGCGGCGGUGCUCGAGUACCUGACAGCGGAGAUUUUGGAACUAGUGGAAAACGCGGCCCGCGACAACAAGAAGACCAGGAUCAUCCCCCGUCACCUGGGUGAGGAGCUCAACCUGUUGGGUGGGGUCACCAUUGCCCAAGGUGGGGUUUUGCCCAACAUCCAGGCUGUGCCGCUGCCCAAGAAAACCGGCCACCCCAGCAAACUUUACAUCUAA